AGAAUAUAAAACCGUGAAGAAAAGCAGCGAUUUUUAAGAAGACGUCAUGCUUUCUGCAACUCCCCUGUAUGGCAACGUUCAUAGCUGGAUGAGCAAUGAAAGGGUCCGCAUGUGUGGAAUUAAUGAAGACAGGAAAAUUCCCGUUAACGAUGGCGAUGCACCGAAAAGCAGACUGGAGUUGAGGGAAGAAAAUCACCUAAAUCACAGUGUGGUGGAUGCGACUGCAGCACAUCGCAUUGACAGUCUCGCAGCUCUGAGUAUGGACAGGUCUGGACUCAUGCGAGAAGGACUCAGAGUCCCCAGUAGUAUUGUCUAUUCCAGCUUGUGCGGACUCGGCUCUGAAAAAUCACGGGAUGCUACGGGUUCAAUAGCUGGGCUCGGAUUUGCUCCUGAAAGAAAUCCAGAGAUACAGUUUAAGUCUAAUCCCCCUGAAGUGGUGGAAAAUGCAGCUGUCUCUGGAAAAGCCCCGAAUGGCUUCAGCGCUAUAUACAAAACGCCACCUGGAAUACAAAAAAACUCUGUCCCGACAGGAGAGACGCUGGGUUUGGACCGAGCUGCAGGUGACAAGCAGAGUCCCCUCGGUGUCAAUGGUGCUAGUUACCUAAGGCUUCCCUGGGUAAACCCCUAUAUGGAGGGCACAACACCCACCAUAUACCCUUUCCUUGACUCACCAAAUAAGUAUUCAUUGAACAUGUACAAGGCAUUGCUACCUCAGCAGUCCACCUACAGCUUACCGCAGCACCUGGCUUACUCGCCUGUAUGUACGAACGGUGAACGUUUUUUAUACCUGCCUCCUUCCCACUACGUUGCCCCCCACAUCCCUUCGUCGCUGGCAUCGCCCAUGAGGCUCUCAACUGCUUCAGCUUCACCGGCGAUCCCACCUUUGGUGCACUGUCCGGAUAAGAGCUUGUCUUGGAAGAUGGGUGUCAGCCCCGGCAACCCCGUCGACGCGCACACCUAUCCCCACAUCCAGAGCAGCAAACAGCCCCGGGUCCCUGCCGCCAAGCCGGCCCCUGCCAACAUCCCGGCGGACCCCGCACUCCUGCUGCCACACUCGCCCCGGCCGUCCCCCCGCCUUCCCCUGCCCACCCAGGUAGGGGGGGAUGCCUACGCCGAUUUCCACAAACACUUCCCCAGGAUCACCACCUCUCCUUCCUCUGCUGUUACCCUCCCAAAGCCCUAUGUGAACGUUGGCGGUGAAUUUCCACCCUCCCGCCUCUCCAAUGGGAAGCUUCCCAAAGGCAGUGAUGCUGGGGAGGCACCCCUGCCGGCUGCCCCCCAUGUACGGAAAGCCAGCCAUGACCGGAAAGACAGCAGGUCUCCCCCGCUCCUGGAAAAGCAGACCCCGACCAAAGACGUCACCGACAAACCACUGGACUUGUCGGCGAAAGUUGUCGAUGCGGAAACCGCUGGUAAGUCAGACCACGGUAAAAAAAUGACGCCGACAGUGCUGGUGCACAGUAGGACGGGAGGGGGGACGCACUUGCCCAGCAGUGACAUCGUUCAGAAAGAAACUAUUUCUCCUGGGAACGGCUGCCCCAUCUACAGGCCUGAAAUUAUCAGCACGGCACCCUCCUCCUGGAUUGUUCCCGGGCCCAGCCCCGGCGAGGAGAGCGGGAAGAGUGUCCAGCUGAAAAACAAGGCGCUGGACUGGGUAAUCCCACAGCAGCGGAGCUCCUCCUGCCCCAGAAUGGGCGGCACGGAGGCGGUUGUCGGCAGUGUUUCGGGGACGGUGUCAGCAGGAGGGCGGCCAGCGUCAGCAUCACCGGCUCCCAAUGCAAAUGUGGAUUGCACCAAGACAGCCAGAAGCUCCACAGAGAGCACCGCCUCGGUCAUACAGCACGUCGGGCAGCCCGUUGCCACCCCCACAAAACACAGCAAUAAGGUGGCCAAAUCCUGCAGCCAGGAAGCCAACUUCAAGACGAGCGAGACCACCCUGGCUUCCAGCCCCAUCUUCCUGCCGCCCAACGAGGCGUUUCGCUCUCCGCCUCUGCCCUACCCCAGGAGUUACCUCCCAUACCCGGUGCCGGAGGGGAUAGCCAUCAGCCCUCUGUCCCUUCACGGGAAAGGACAUGUGUAUCCGCACCCCGUCUUGCUGCCCAAUGGCAGCCUCUACCCUGGCCACCUGGCUCCCAAACCUGGCCUCCCCUACAGCCUGCCAGCGGGGCGGGGGGAGUUCAUGACCUACCAGGACGCGCUGGGGAUGGGGAUGGUGCACCCCAUGCUGCUGCAGCAUUCGGCUUUGGAGAUCAAUAAGGAUGAGAAGGCAGAAAGAAGGUCGCGGUCUCAUGAGAGGGUCCGCUAUGAGGACCCGGCUCUGCGGGGCCGGUUGCCGGAGCUCCUUGAGAGCAGUGGGAAGAUGCAUUUCGAAGUGCCCGGUGACAAGAGUGUGAAAUUGCACCAGAGCUCCAGCCAUGGUAAAAACUCGACCAAAAGUGACAAACACCUCUUCCCAGAUCUUCUGCGAGAUGAGCAAGAGGCUAAAAGCGAAGCAAAUGUAACGAAAGCCAGCUUUGCUAGCGAAAGCAGUAAUCAGGCUAAUGACCCUACAAAGCACAAGGUAGAGCAGGCGUCGCAGCACAGAGAUUUUAUUGUAAUGAGAGAGGAGUUUGGAAGAAAUAAUGAUCUUCACGAAACCUAUAAUUUCAAGCAAGCCCAGAGUUCAUCGGUUUUUGGCUUAAGGAAAGAAGAUUUAUCUGUGAGCCAGCCUAAAGAGAGAGUGACGGUCCAGCCUGCGCCCGCUUUCUUGGAAAGCGCUCACGAGAACGAUGCUCCGACUCUGGCUUUUGGCAAGGUGCAGGAGGACGCGAAGCCAUUCUGCAUGGGGACCGCGCCACCCAGCAUCGAUGCCAGCCAGACCUAUACCAAAGACGGGGCUGACGACGCAGAGUCGGCCGAUGGCAAAAUACUGAAACCCAAGCCAUCUAAGUUGGCCAAGAGGAUCGCAAACUCUGCCGGUUACGUAGGUGAUCGAUUCAAGUGUGUGACGACCGAAUUGUAUGCAGACUCCAGCCAGCUCAGCCGGGAGCAGCGGGCGUUGCAGAUGGAAGGAUUACAAGAGGACAGUAUUUUAUGUCUACCUGCUGCUUACUGUGAGCGUGCAAUGAUGCGCUUCUCAGAGUUGGAGAUGAAAGAGAGAGAAGGCCAAACAGCUACCAAAGACUCAGAGGUCUGCAGAUUCAGCCAGGCAGACUGGGAAAACUUGAAAGGAAACAGUGAAAAGAAGCCAAAGUCUGUCGCUCUGGAAGAUGCCAUUGCUGACCAAAAUGACAAUGACAGAUGUAACUUUACUAGUGCAGAAAACAACCAAGGUCACUUUCUUGAAACUCCAGAGGAAAAAGAUCUCUCAAAUGAGAAAUGUUAUUUAGAGAGACAUUCUAUAUAUGAAAAAGCGGAAGACCAGCCAACAGAAGAUAUUGGCCAGCAUCCAUGUCCAUGUCUGGACAGGAAGCGUAAACACUCUGGUGAGAGAGUGCAAAAUGAUGGCAGCCAAAAUGAAAACUUUGUGGAUGAACUGCAGGAUGAACUUAUAUCAAAAACAAAAAAGAAGAAGAACUCCAAAGAUGACUGGCCUGAGAGGGAAAUGACAAACAAUUCCUCUAACCACUUAGAAGAGCCCAAUUGUAAUGAGGUGACCAACCUGAAGGUGUGCAUUGAAUUAACAGGGCUCCAUCCCAAAAAGCAGCGUCACCUGCAGCAUCUUAGGGAACUAUGGGAGCAGCAGGUGUCACCAGAGAGAUCCCCGUCCGGCAAGUUGGGCCGGCAAAGCAGGAAAGAUUUAGCUGAGGCUGUUCAGCCAGAGGCCACUGCAAAGGUCAAAGACUUCACAGAAGAAAGGCACACCAAGAAAAGGUCAGAGGCCAAAAGCAAUAGAAGUUGGUCUGAAGAGUCCCUCAAAACAAGUGACAAUGAACAAGGCUUGCCUGUAUUCUCAGUGUCUCCGCACAUGAAGAGCCUUUCAUCCACCAAUGCAAACAGCAAAAGGCAGGCUCAGCCAAGCUGUACUCCAGCCUCGAGGUUGGCUGCCAAACAGCAGAAAAUUAAAGAAAGCCGGAAGACAGAUGGGCUGUAUACAGACGAAGAGGAGGAUUUCCAACAUGCAUCUCUGCUGCAGAAAUACAGCGAGUGUGAGAAGCCAUCAGGGAAACGUCAGUGUAAAACAAAACACUUGGCACUGCAGGAGAGGAGAAGGAGGUCAUCUCUGACAGGGGAUGACACCACAGAUAUUGAAAAUGCUGAAGAUAAGGUCACGGUAACGAGGAAAGUCAGGAAGCGACCGGAGCCUACUUCAGACUGCGACUCCUCGCCAGCCAAGUACGAGCAGAAGCUGUACGAUCGUCUGCAGCAGACUCCCUCAUUACUGCCCGUCUCGCAGCCCUCGCAGCUGCCGGUCGCGAGCCCCCCUCAGGAGACCACCCCGAGCCGACCCAUGCCGCCCGAAGCGCGGAGGCUCAUUGUCAAUAAGAACGCCGGGGAGACGCUGCUGCACCGGGCGGCACGCCUGGGGUAUGAGGAAGUGGUUCUGUAUUGUUUGGAAAACAAGGUGUGUGAUGUGAAUCAUCGUGACAACGCGGGUUACUGUGCCCUGCACGAGGCCUGUGCCAAAGGCUGGCUGAGCAUCGUGCGGCAUCUCCUGGAGUACGGGGCUGACGUCAACUGCAGCGCUCAGGAUGGAACCAGACCAAUCCAUGAUGCGGUCGAAACCGAUCACUUGGAAAUUGUCCGCCUGUUACUGUCUUACGGUGCUGAUCCAACGCUUGCGACCUACUCUGGGAGGACCAUUGUGGCAAUGACGCACAGUGAGCUCAUGGAGACCUUCCUCACAGAGUAUUUAGCUGACCUGCAAGGUCGAAGUGUUGAUGACCCUGGUUUGUACUGGGAUUUCUAUGGCAGCUCUGUGUGCGAUCCAAAAGAUGAAUCUGGAUUUGAUAUCUUGGCAAAUCCUCCUGGCCCAGGUGAUGAAGAUGAAGAUGGCUUUAGCGAUGUGUUUGAAUUUGAAUUUUCGGAUGAGCCUCCCUUGCCGUGUUACAACAUUCAAGUGUGUCUCUCUCAGGGACCACGAAACUGGCUUUUGCUCUCGGAUGUGGUGAAGAGGCUAAAAAUGUCAUCUCGCAUCUUCCGCUGCAACUUCCCCAAUCUGGAAGUUGUCACCAUCACGGAGGCUGAGUUUUACAAACAGACUUCCCUCAGCCAGUUGUUCUGCGCGACAGACCUUGAAGCGUUUAACCCGGAGAGCAAAGAGCUGUUGGACUUGGUAGAGUUCACAAGUGAACUCAAGACGUUGCUCGGCUCCUCGCUUCACUGGUUGCAUCCGCACGAGGACCCUCCCUUCGACAUCCUCUGGUGAAACCAUCAGGCCGUUUAAUGUACAGUGCUCUAUACAGUUACUUCUUUAUGUAUAUGUGUUCAAAUGCAAUUGUUUCUGUAAAGAAAGGACACUAUUAAAUAUGAAAAUAUCUUUCCUUUAUAUAAGAGAUCUGAAUUCCAGUUGGAUGGAUUUUGGAAGAAUUUUUUUUUUAACUUCAGUCAGUUUUUACAAAAUUGUUAUAUAAUGUUUCUUUAAAUGCACACAGGCUUUGGGAUAAGUUUGUUAUUACUCGGAACACAUUUUUUUUUAAAGAACACACCCACACAUUGACUUUGUUUCAUACAAAGCACUGAUUACACAGAACAUACUUUUUCUAGGUGAUGUGAUCAAAGUCGUGUGGCUUGUUUGGGAGAUAGAAUUUGGUAAGGCACUUGGUGAUAUUAUUUUUGGUUUUUUGUUUACAGAAUUACCUGCUUUGGCCAGGUAAGCACUAUUGAAUAUAAUUCAAUAGUUUGUAAUAUAAAUUAAACCAUAUCCAUACGCAUCAACUAAUUGUAAGAACUUUUAUAUCCUAAUUUAAAAGCUGUGAAAUUUAGUUUUCACACAUCAAACCGGAUUGUUUAUAUAUGUUUAAACAUUUUAUGCUCUUUAUUUAAAGAAGACUUUGAACUAUUUUUUCUGUACCUUGUAAAAUACUGAAAAACUAACAUAUGUUGAAGUUGCUUGAAACUGUACAUAAACUAAAUUUUCUGAAUUGUGUGUUUAUGUUUGAGAUCUGUGUUUUAACUUUGUAAGUAAAUCUUCUGCCUUUGUAUUUAUAUUUUACAAAAAUUUUCUUAAAGGCAAUAAAACUGUUGAGAAAUGAAGA